AUAAUUGUUAGCUCUUUAUUCAACGUUCCCUCUUCCCUUUCUCUCAAACUUGGCAAGGGAAUCAGCAUUUUUCGGACCGAUAUUCUAGAGUUACCGGAGCAACCGCCACAGUAUGAGUAUCUCCGGGCUGAUUUCCGAGUUGAGAGACUCAUUUCUUAAGAAAGAUUUCGAUAGAGUUGAAGAAGCCCUAAUUGUUAGGGAAGCAAGGUUGAGGGCGGAAAUUGAAGAAAAGAAGAGAGAAAUACGGUUGUUGAAUGAAGAAAUUGAUUUUCAAAGGAUAGAAAAAAUGUCGGUUGAAUUGGAACUCAAGAGGGUGAAGGAACUUAUAGACAGAGGAGACAUUGCAUGUGCUGUUGCUGAAAGGGGAAAUGUUGGCGUUAGUGCUGCUUCAGAAACCCUAAUGGUGAGGGAAGCGACAUUGAAGUCAGCAAUAGAAGAGAAGGUUGGGGAAAUAGAACAAAAUGAUCAAUUCAAGAAUUGGGGAAAGCUCAAUUUUGAGAUUGACGUACAAAUAAUUAGAGGUGAAAAGCGUGGAGAGGAGUUAAAGAAGGUUGGGGAGAAUAGCAAGGUUGAGAAAGGUGUAGUGGGGCAAGAAAAACGCAAAUUUGGGGUUCAUGAUGGGAAUGCGUGCCCUUUUGGUGAACAUGGCAAAAAAGAUGGUCCAAAUGCUUCUGGUAAUGGUUUUGACCUAGUAGAAGAGUCUCUGGAUGUCAAGGAAGCAACGAUGACGGCAACAAUUGAAGAUAAAAUGAAGGAAAUUAGAUUGCUGCAUGAGAAGUUGGUCAAGAAAGAAAAAUGUGCUACUGCAAAAGUCAAAGAUGAAAAGGUCGAUGUUAUGGCCGAGAAGAAAAGUUUGGCCGAUGAACCAAGCAAAAAUGCCGGGCUAGGUGGUUCUUCAGGUAAUUGGUGGACAAAUUCUUCAAGAGUAGUUUCAAAAAACUUUACAACAAAAUUGGCCGAACCUGCUGGAGUUCUCAAAAGAGAUUUUGCUUCGUCUGCUGGGUAUGUUUCAAAUGUCUUGGAUGGCUUAGAUACUGAUAGUUCCUCAUCUAGCUCUAGUUCAUCUUCUGGCGAGUUUGAUAUCUCCUCUUUCACAUCCCUUAAGAGAACUAAGCUGAGCUAAGGUAAAUAGACAGGAAACCAUACUUGGCAUAUAAACAUUUUGUUGUAUGGACAGCAGAAAAAUGAUGGGAGAAAACAAAGGAGAAGAUUAGAUAGAAAGACGAAGGAUAAACAAAAUUGUUGUAUUUUAGGGUAAACUUGGUUGUAAAUUAUCAAUGCCCGUAAUAUGCCAGCGGAUUCAUGAGGAGACAAGUUCUCCAAGUGCUCAGUUUUCCCACUAGAUGUCAAUUCCUUUGGAUUUUCAGAUUGAUCUUUGAAGUUGUAGCCUAAUGUUUUGAUUUAUGUGGGGAACACAAUAGAAUGAAUACCGGUUUAAGAGGAGUUUGAUUUGUAUGCACUGAUAAUGUAAAUUCAUCCCAUCCAUUUUGCAUCUUUUAAGAGAGGCAAGUGCAGAGUGCAAUCCACAGAUGAAUUUAUAGAA